UUGAUAUGCCACUUUGAGCGGAUGUGUGUUUAGAAUGACAAAAGUAAUCUGAAACCAUAUCUUCAUUAUUUCAGUCACUCGUUCAUUUACAACUGAAGAAAUCUUUAUUUGACAACUUCAAUAAUGGCGAUGAAAUUACGAAGUUGUAUUUUAGCCACGCUCUUCGUGUGUUGUUUCUUGUACAUAACUGGUUGUGGUGCGUUCAAGUAUCGGCCUCAUUUCAUAAAGUACAGAUCGAGGGGGGCAAAUGGAGGGGGGCAGAGGGGUCUGCAGUUCACAGCACCGAAGACGGCAAACUACAAAACCUAUUACUAUGAGUCUAAGGGUGUUAUGUUUGAAUUGGGCAAAGAGGUGGGUGCUCUGAUUGUGUUUGCCGAGCACAGGUACUAUGGGGAGAGCAAGGUUAACGACAACAAAAACUUCACUUAUCUCUCGGCCGAGCUGGCCCUGGCGGAUUAUGCGGAGUUUUUGCAGUGGCUGAAGACGGAUCAGGGCUACCCUGACUGUAAAAACAGUCCAGUGGUGGUGUUCGGGGGAUCCUACGGGGGCAUGCUGGCCAGCUGGAUGCGGAUCAAAUACCCUUUUCUUGUCAUCGGGGCUUGGGCUGCGUCUGCGCCUGUGGCCUGGUUCGAGAACCUCACAGACUGCAACGCCUACAACUCCAAAGUGUUCAGGGACUUCGCGGCUCAUGGCGAGAACUGUCCCGUCAACAUCCUCCGCUCGUGGGAUCUCCUCAACCAGUCAGCACAGACUGACGAAGGUAGGAAGAAACUGCAGGAGUACUUUGACCUCUGUGACCCCUUGACAACUCCUGAGUCAGUCUACUCUCUGGCAUAUGAACUGGCAGAUGCGUGGGGCAGUGUGGCCAUGGUCAACUACCCCUACCCCACCGAGUUCCUACAACCCCUUCCCGCAUGGCCAGUCAGCGUGAUGUGUGGGUACCUGCAGGAGGGUGAUUUGACAGACGAUGAGAUAUUGCAAGCAGUGGCCAAUGCCUCCAAAGUGUACUACAACUACUACGAUCAAUAUCCUUGUUUCAACAUCUCAGAGGGGGACAUAGGACUGGAUGCAAACAUAUGGGGAUAUCAGGCCUGCACAGAGAUGGUGAUGCCGAUGUGUUCGAGGAAGGGAGAGAGUAUGUUCCCCGACAGCCAGUGGAGUUGGGAGGAGGAGAAAAAGGCAUGUGAGGACCAGUUCCAGUUCCCCCCAGGCAACUUCAGACCCUACUGGAUGGUCACCCAGUACGGGGCGAGGCAGAUUGAGAGCGCGUCUAACAUCAUCUUCAGCAACGGUGACCUUGACCCCUGGCAGGCGGGUGGAGUGUCGGACAACCUGGGCAACCCCACAAUCUACACUCUCUCCAUCGCCAACUCCGCCCACCAUCUGGACCUGAGGACUAGCAACCCUCUGGACCCGGACUCUGUGAAGGAGGUGAGGGCGGCCGAGUUCCUCAUUGUGAAGGGAUGGCUCAAAGACUACUACAAGGGAUACAUGAAACAGUCCGCCAAUAAGUAUCCUGUCUAAAGAGAAGAUAAAGACAAAGUGGAAACAAUAUCGGAAUUAUUGUAUGCCUCUAAAUCUGAUUUAUUUGGAAAAAUUUAACAAU